CCGGCCUUCCGGGCCUGGAAACCGCGGUCGGCUCUCGCGAGACCUGCCUGGAACCGAAGCGCGGGGUCCGACCUUAAGGAAAGCGGGAGCUGCGGGAGGGGAACAUGUCGGAUUCCGAGCUCGGCAGGAAGUGGGACCGGUGCAUGGCGGAUACGGUCGUGAAGAUAGGUACUGGUUUUGGAUUAGGACUGGUUUUCUCUCUUACCUUCUUUAAAAGAAGAAUGUGGCCAUUAGCCUUUGGUUCAGGCAUGGGAUUGGGAAUGGCCUACUCCAACUGUCAGCAUGAUUUCCAGGCUCCGUAUCUUCUACAUGGAAAAUAUGUCAAAGAGCAGGAACAGUGACAUCCCCCUGAGAACAUCCCAGUGGGAGGAAAAGAGAAAUCCUGUCAAUUCCUCAGGAACCCCGAAGCGCCUGGAGGAAGCUGACGUCCUUCUGUAACAAUGUUAGGGAUGAUGCUCCGGACUCCAGCGCCUGUUUAUGUAUUUGACAUUGAAGUCUGUUUCUUGUUUUGUAUCUUCUCUCUAGAAAUUGCAAGGAGGUGGUCUUAAAUAAAUUAACCAUAGGCAGCCCA